GCGAUACAGAGCGCUGCUGCACGGGAAAUUAAACGUUCUGGGGAUGCAAAAACGGAAACGGAUAUCUUCUUCUGCGUCUGAGGAGAAGAACGCUGAUCACGAAGCCUCGAUUCAGCUUGACGAGAUCGAUUUCAACAACUUCCAAGAAAUUUUACAGCGAAUAGUAUUUGAUUCUAGUACGACCUCUGCCUCGACAGCUGAGACGACUAGCUGUACUAUCGAUUCCCCUAUUGAUGGCAAACCGGCGACGACCAUAUGCAGUAUCGUCCGUUACUUCCAAUGCAAGCAUGGUAGCAAUUCUUGGUUUACGCUUGUCGAUCUUUUCCCUCAGUCAGGUCGGACGCAUCAGCUGCGCAAACACACGUUGUAUUUAGGCCAUCCGAUAGUCGGGGAUCGAUUAUAUCGUAUUAAGAAGACGUCCACGCCCACAGAAACUGAAACUCUUACUCUUCUUGAUGAAGGAAUGGAACAGCAACUCGGCUUAUGCCUUUUUGCUGUAGGACUGAACUUUCCCCAUCCUGUCGAUGAUGGAGAAAAGGUAUCUGUGGAGUUGUCACAAGGGUUCAGAGGUGCUUUGUCACUGUGACUAUAGUUGUCAGUGGUAUCUCCGUCUGCGAACUCUGCUCUCAUACUGAGUUUUUUGUAUCAUGUCUUCCCCUUCCCCACCCCUCCAACAUGUAGCGUUGUCCCCUUCCCCGACCCGCACCAUGGGAUUCAAAGAGCCCCCGAUGAUGUCUCAAGCAACGCUCACUCGUUGAAAUAUC